GCUAAGCGGAUGAGCAAAAGAAAAGGAAAACAAUGAAAAUUUGGAGUAGUAGAGUUGCUGACGGUAUAAGGUCUGCAGCAUCAGUCGCGGUGACACGAAUGGUAUCUAAGAAAUCGCGGGAAACGCGUUUCGCUGAUUUUCCACUAGUGCACGUCGAUAAACUAAUAAACCUCAUCACCUGGAUCUAGUAAAUCCACGCUGUGCCACAAAGAAGAUAAGUUAAGAGCCAAGACAUUUUGUGGCAAGCAACUACUUUAUUUGCUCGGAAGCAAAACGAGAGCUUGUCUUUGCCUUGGGAUUAUUUUGUUGAUCUGUAAGGAACUCCAAUGAGAUAAUACAAACAUUUGAGAGACACUAUGGAGUGAUGAAUUAUGAGAAAGUAUCACAAGCUCUGUGUUAACAAUGGAAUUCUGUGAAGAAGAUUCUUUAAAGCAGGCUCAUACACCCACGGAAGAUGCACAAAAUGAUGCCAAAGAAAAGGAUAAGAUUGUUUUACAGCCAAUCAAGUACUUCCCCAUCUUUAGCCGUUAUGGCAGAACCAUUAAACCUAAAUCUCCGAGUAUUAUACCGAGUGAAUUCCCAAAGAUCACAAAAAUGCCAAAGAACAAUCAAGAAACUCCAAUGGAAGAUAACAGCAUCAAAGAAGACACAUCACUUAUAAUGGAUGAAACCAAUAGUACAUUUGAUAGUUCUACAAAAAAUGAAGAUGAAAAAGUCAACUAUGAAGAUCUUCAGGCAAAAAGUCCAUGGAAAUUAGGACAGUUAGUGUGGGCGAGAAUUGGUAAUUUUCCAUUCUGGCCUGGUAUUGUAACAUUAGAUCCAAACACAAUGACAUUUGUAUCAGUAAAAGGUAGAAGUUAUAUGUUACAUGUUAGAUAUUGUGCAGAUAAAGAUAGACAUAGCUGGGUGCCUUUUGCAAGUGUAAUACCAUUCCUAGGACUAGAUGAUUUUGAAAAGAGAAGUAAAGAAGUAACGCCAGAUAUCAGGAAAAAAGAGCCUAAAUAUGCUGCUGCAUUUGUAAUAAAGCCAAGUACAAAACUACAAUGGGAUGAUGCUGUUGCUGAAGCAACUAGACUGAUGACUAAAAGCAUUGAAAAAAGAAUUGUACUCUUCAACCCUGAAAAUAAAGAGAAAAAUUCACUAGAUAAAUCAUCGAAUAAUAGCAUAAAAACAGAAGAAAAUGUAAAAAAAAGAAAACUUAGUUUAUCUACUGAAGAAGCUGUCUCAAAGAAAUCAAAACUGCAAAAUGGUGAGAUUGAUGAUGCAGAGAGACUUGAGAGUAAACCAAUAGUUCCAAAUUUAAAUAUUGAAGCUCCUCCAACUCCUCCUUCAAGCCAUAAAGACUCCAGCGAUGAAGCACCUACGAAAUUUAAAAGUAAAAGAGGAAUUAAUAGAGAUGGCAAGGAUGGUGUAUUUGAAAUAUUUUGUGAACGCACUAAACAUCUUGCUCAGGAAUUAGAUCCCGAAGCUACAGAAGCGGACAUAAAAGAGUAUCUGUAUGAUAUGUGGAAUAAUAUGAAACCAGAAGAUCGUAGCAAAUAUCGCGCUGACUAUCUUCAUGAGGAUGAUAUGAGGAUGUAUGCGCUUGAUGGAGAAGACUAUGAUGAGUACAACUAUUCAGACUCGGAGGAAAAGUUAGCGCACAAACAACGUUCAAAAGCUGACUUCAAUAGGUCGAAGGAUGAGCCUUCUGAUCAAGAGGAAACCACUUCCAUCGAAUCAGAAAAUCUCGAUAAAAGUGUCAGAAGACGGCGCACGAAACCAAGGAGAGAAUCUUCUGAUAGAGACGAAGUCGUAUCUAUCGAUUCCGAUGAUAAAUCUAUCAAAAUUAGAAAAUCGAAGAUCACUAAAGAUGAUGCCAAUGGUAAAGAAGAUAGUAGCUUACUGAUAAUGGACUUAGCAAAGAGGCGUGCUUACAAAUUGUUCAAAGGGAUGAAAAAUGAGCGAGUGUGUCAAAUUUGCGAGCAACCAGGCAAACUCAUACGUUGCAAAGGACCAUGUUACUCCUACUUUCAUCUGGAGUGCGUUAAACCAGGUGAUUCAAGCCCUGAGCCCAGCGAGGCUGAAGAUGCGGAAGAGCAUCUAGUGAAUCUGGACGAUUUAAAUGAGGCGAAAGUCAAAACGAAAAAAAAUUAUCACAAAGAGGAGGACGCCUUUGACGACGAGAAUUUUAGGUGCAUCGAUUGUCUUUCCGGUAUAGCACCUCCAUGCUUUGUUUGUCACGAACGCGACGCCGAGCGUAUAAAAUGCUCAGUAAUAGCCUGCGGUAAGCACUACCACGCGGACUGUUUAAAACACUGGCCACAAGUCCAAUGGCAAGGUGAACGUCUAAACUGUCCGUAUCACAUAUGCCACACGUGUUCGUCUGACGAUCCUCAGAAUGGCCAUCCGAGAGCAGCCAACGAGAGAUUUAUUCGUUGCGUUAGGUGUCCAUCGACGUAUCACGCCUCCUUCUCUUGCUUACCAGCUGGCUCGAAUAUAAUAACUGCCAGUCAAAUUGUCUGUCCUAAACACUACAAGUCACCUCAUCCACCAGUAAAUGCCACAUGGUGUUUUUUGUGCACUGAAGGUGGAAGUCUUAUCUGCUGCGACACUUGCCCCACGUCUUUUCAUUUAGAAUGUUUAGGUAUCGAUGCACCUGAAGGUGGUUUCAUUUGUGAAGAUUGUGAAACUGGUAGAUUGCCGCUAUAUGGCGAAGUUGUUUGGGUGAAACUUGGCACUUACCGAUGGUGGCCUUCUGUAAUUUGUUAUCCACAAGAAAUUCCGAUGAAUAUUGCACAAAGGCCGCAUAAAACCGGUGAAUUUUGUGUUAUGUUUUUUGGUACGAGAGAUUACUAUUGGGUACAUAGGGGUAAAGCUUUCCUCUUUCAAGAUGGAGAUGCGACUGGAAAAGUCAAAGGUUCUAAACAAGUGGAGGAAUCUUACAGAAAAGCUAUGCAAGAAGCAAAGAUCGUUCAUGAACAGCUAAAUGAGGAGAAAAAAUUGGCAAAAAGUCGUGACAGUAAUAUCCGAAAUCUCAAACCUCCUCCCUAUGUUAAACUAAAGGUCAAUAAGCCGGUUGGAAAUGUAAAAAUACCUGAAGCUGACAGUAUGGUUGCGUGUAAUUGCGAUCCAAGCAAGCCAAAUCCAUGUGCACCUGAUUCUGAUUGUCUGAAUCGUAUAUUAAUGACAGAAUGCAGUCCAGACGCUUGUCCCGCAGGCUCUAAAUGUCAAAAUCAAUUUUUUGUGCAAAGAAAAUAUCCAGCUAUGGAACCGGUUCACACAGAUGGCCGAGGCUGGGGUCUCAAAACUUUAGAAUUCAUAUCAGAAGGUCAAUUCAUUAUAGAAUAUGUAGGUGAAAUUAUCGACGAAGCAGAGUAUAGACUGCGACUGCAGCAGAAACAAGAGAGAAAAAACGAUAACUACUACUUUUUAACGAUAGAUAAUAAUAGAAUGAUAGAUGCCGAACCAAAAGGAAACUUGAGUCGCUUUAUGAACCAUUCCUGUCUUCCUAACUCCGAAACUCAGAAGUGGACUGUAAAUGGUGAUACGCGAAUAGGAUUGUUUGCUUUGAGAGAUAUACAGGCCGGUGAAGAAUUAACGUUUAAUUAUAAUCUAUCCUGCGACGGAGAAACAAGAAAACCCUGCCUUUGCAAAGCUCCGAAUUGUAGUGGUUUCAUUGGUUUGAAAGCUUCAAAACAACAAAUGAGUUUAGUACAACAAAAGAAAAUGGAAAAAGCAGAAAAAGUUCGAAAGUACAAGAGAAAUAAAAAGACUCUAUUUUGUUGGAGUUGUAAUGGCAAAAUUAAUAAUAAUGAAGAUGUGAUGCGAUGUGACCAAAAAACUUGUGGAAAAGUCUAUCACACUAAAUGUAUAGCUGUUGAAGAUGGAUCAGAAGAUCAAGUUUUCCAUUGUCCUUGGCAUUUUUGUGCAGAGUGUUUCAAACGGACUUCGCUACGUUGCAUGUAUUGUUGUAAUGCAUUUUGCCAGCUGCACACUCAAGGCAAUGUAUACGAGCAUCCGGAAAAUGGUGGGUUUAUAUGCUAUAAACAUCCUCUUGAGUGCCCCAACUACGUAGAAAUGGAUAUGGGUGGUGAAGCACUGAUGGAUGAACCCAAUGAAGCGGGCGAGGGACUAAUGGACGGUAUGGAUGAAGAUGUCGCGUGUUCUGAUAAUCAUAUUCUUGUUAAUGGCCAUACGGAAGUGGGCGAACCAAUCGGAGCGUCGUCACCAAAAUCAACCUUGCAACCCGACGAAACCUCACCCAGAGGCACCAUCGUCGAGGUUUAUCAAAAGCUAUGAGAAUAGUACAACGGUGGUGGCAAAGCAUGAGACGGCGCAGGGUAGCAAGGGUUAUCUAAUGUAGUUAAAUGUUUUAGAAAAAUUACUUUCUUUGUCUAUUGUCGUCGUCUUUCCACAGAAUCUGUUUUGCCAUUCCCAUUUUCGUGGUGAUUAAUAAUUAUAAAAUGACAAAUAGUGAAUCAUUGUCAGUAAUCGUGCAAUGCCACAAAUUGCUCAGCGCCACGCUGUUCAAUUGUUUUUCUUUGCUUAAACGUAGCCGUUCGCCUACGUGUACUUUUCUUUUUUGUUAUAUUAAAUAAUCUGUUUGCGAAGGUUAAGAAUGAAGAUCCUUUUUUAAAAUAUAAAGUAAUUUUAUUUAAACUAGAUAUGUACAAUUUGAAUAAUAUGCGUGUUUUUUACGUAUAUGCUUACUGCUAAACAAUUUUAUGUUUAAUUUUUUUUGUGCACUUGUUAUUGAAUUAAUUUUACGCUUCACUACGAAUAAUUGUACAAGAAAACUAGCAAAUGCUGUUUUAUAUUAUAAUGAAUGAAAAUUUACACUUAAUCUUUCACAUACAAUUCAGUUGAAUGUAUAUAUAAUAUACAUAUUUAGGUCAAUUACUUAUGAUGAAUUGUUGGUAUUGUAACAUAAUGAGAAAUUGCAUAGUUUGCACUAAUAAAUGUCCGCGUAAUAAGGCAUCAUGUAAUAAUUCAAAAGUAUUUUAUUUUAUAAAUAAUGUGUUUCAAGAAGCAAACGUAAGCAGUACUGUAUAUUUUAUUUUCAGUUAUUUUAUAUAGUCCUUUAACUUUCAUCCAACAUAACGACUGUCCAUUAAAAUGCAUAUUCAUGGCACUAUCUCGUAAAGCAUUGUUUCAUUAAUUAGAUGUAUCUAUUGAAAUUCAGGUUCUGUUUCAAUACAUUAUUUAAUGGGCAAUCUUAUAUGUUGUAAAACUUCUGCACGUUUAAAUUUCAGUAAAAAAGUAGCGAUCACUUAUAGAACAUUCACGGAAAAUUGUUACUUCCAAAUGUGCUUACGAUAUUUGAGCUUUCAAAGUUUUUUUCUAAUUUAAUUUACCGCUCUACUUAUUUUUAUCUGUACAAAUUUCUGUAUAAGUUACGUAUCCUCAUGGCUGAUAGAUUAGAAAGUUGGAAGAACAUCAAAUACCAAUCUUAAUAAUACGAUGUAAAAACGAAAUUCUGCUAGUCUUGAGCAUUAUCCAAAUCAAAUUGAUUGAAAUAAAUUGGUUUUUGUUUGGUUCUAUUUUCAUUCAUGCGUAUCUUGCAAUCCCGAAGACUAGUACUAG